AUAGGUAAGCGCGCGCGCGUACCAGCUUGCCAAUCUUGGAUCUGAGCUGAGUGGAUCACCAUGUCAGGAGCUAUUAAAAAGACCACUGGUUUGGUUGGACUGGCGGUAGAGGCUAACCCUCAUGAGAAAUUGAAGAUAUUGUAUAACAAGAUCCUAUCCGCUGUGAAGCAGAUGCCUAAAGAGGCAUCAUACAGACUGUACACUGAGCAGGUUGUAAAUGACAGGCUUUCUGUUGUACAAUCAGAAGGUAAUGCCGAAAAAGUAGAACAAAAGCUCAAUGCAGGCCAAAUAGAAGAAGUCGUCCUUCAGGCAGAAGCAGAGCUCUCACUUGCAAGGAAGAUGGCCGCCUGGAAGUCCUGGGAACCCCUUCGAGGCGACGCCCCUCCCGGACAAUGGAAGUGGCCAUGAACUUUCUAGUUGUAUAGCAGAAUGAUUCAGUUUUAUCUAUAAUAGGAUGCAAUUAAUGGCAGAGGUCUUUAUUGGUGUGUUUGUUAUGCACAGUUAUCACGUGGGGUUCUGCAUGUACACCACAUUUAGUCAGCUUAAGUUUUGUCAGAGGUUAUCCUUUGGGUAAUCCUUUGCCCUUGGAAAUGCUCCGCCUUGACAGGAUAGCUUAAUACCAUUAAAUGGUGUGCAUUGUUUAUUAUCUCUCUUUCUUCAAAGUCCUGUGGCAGAGAAUACUUGGACUUCAUCACCUGCUGAUGUAGAAUUACAUGACAUUUUUAGAAAUGGUGUUUCCCAAUUUGAAAUCUCUAAGUAAUAUCAACAGGUUAUGAAGUCCAUUUGAAUAACAUGUAAAUAUGACAAUUUAUGUGUAUCACGUACUGUGAAUACAUUAUUUGCAGUGUAAUAUGGAACAAACUAAUAAAAUGAUGUUCAUUUAAA